GUGAAGAGAGAGAGAGAGAGAGAUGGCGGAGGCGAUCAUCGGGCCGCUGGUGUGGAGGCUGCAGGAGCUGGCGGUGGGGCAGGCACGGGCGCUGGUGGCGGUGAACGGCGACAUCGUGAGGCUCCGGGACAGGCUCAUGUGGCUGCAGGCCUUCCUCCGGGAGGCCGACGCCAAGCGCCGCGCCGUCUCCGACGAGGUCACCAGGGUCUGGCUGCUGCAGACGCGGGACGCCGUCUUCGACGCCGAGGACGCCCUCGAUCAUUUCUAUCUCCGGGUCGAUAUGUCCAGGUUUCCAAGAUGGGCUCAACCCUGCAUGAGAAAUAUUGUAACAUUUACAACACAAAUACGAAUGCGGCACAUUCUCUCCGGAAAGAUAGUAGCUAUCAACACUAGACUUGAGGAAAUUAUUCAAAACAAAGAUAGGUACAAGAUGGAUGAUAUGAAUAAGGAGAUAGAGGUGACAUGGAAGGCUUCAACAUCAAUAUCUGAAAGCCAAUCUGAGCUGGGUGAUUCACAAAAAGGAUAUUUGACAUUGUAUGCAGAGCUCCAAAAUAAACUCGAGAAAUACCUUACCCCAACUGAUCAAGAACGGAAGAAAAACAACAAUCGUCCAAUUGUGAUUUCGGUGUCUGGAAAGAGUGGGGUUGGCAAGACAACUCUUGUGAGAAACGUAUACAAAACAAUGGUUAAGAAGAACUGUUUUGAUGUUCAUGCUAUGGAGAGUUUUGCACCUCAUUUAACAGCUCCCAACAUUCUACAUCAAAUUGUUCAACAACUUACAGAAGACAACAAGAAUUGCCCUAGAACCAAGGUCCAAGAAAUGUUGGCUGAUGCAUUGAAAGGUAAAAACUACUUGCUGGUGAUAGAUGGUGAAGUUAGCAGAACUGAAUGGAAGAACAUGGUCACUAUUCUCACUACUCUUACACCCGGUUCUACUGGUAAUAGAAUAGUGCAUAUCAGAUUUGACAAACCAGAACAACAAUCUAUCUAUUAUCAAGAAUGCAUUCAGCUAGAUCCUCUUGAAAAUAAUAAUAUCAUGGCAUUGUUCCAUGAGAGACUACGAAGCCAGGACCAACAAGGUGAUUCUCGAUAUCCAAUCAUAUUGAAGCUGAAGAGACUACUCCAAUUGGAUGAACAAUACAGAAAACUUGAAGAAUACCGUGAAGACAUCUGCAAAAUCACAGAAGGGUUGCCUCUGGCUGUUGUUCUUCUAUCAGGUCUUGUCCAAACUAAAGAGUUUCCCCAUGAGUGGACAGAGGUAUUCAAGUACCUUAUUUCCAAGAAAUCGAAGCGGCUUGACAAUUUAUUGUCCUUGUGCUUUGAUGAUCUUCCACACGAGCUAAAAUGUUGCUAUUUAUAUUUUGCUGCAUUUCCUCCCAACGUAGUGUUGGAGGCACGCAAUUUGGUGUGUAUGUGGAUGGCAGAAGGAUUUCUAACACCUAGAGUUGGGAAAACAUUGGAGAAGGUGGGCUACAUCUUCUUGAAUGAGUUGAUUGCCAGGAAUCUAGUCAAUCCUGUUCUUGCAGAUGACGAUAAUUCUAGUACUGGAGCUAUGUUUGUCUCCAUCCAAAACAAAAUCCAUGAGUUUUUGCAGUCUGAAGCACAUGAGGCAAGUUUCUUGGAGGUCCAUAGUGGUGAUGACAUCCCUACUUUGACAAGUGCUCGUCGUCUCUCUUUGCAGAAUUACACAGACAAGUAUGCUGCCCUAGCAAAUCCAUUGCCAAAGCUACGCUCCAUCUUCUCUCAGUUUGAGCAAGAGCCAAAGGAACAAGAUCUCGAAGUAAACCAAACAAAACAAUGUUGUUGCACACCUCAACAGUGGGUAACCACCUAUAAGAAACAGAAAGACAUCAAAUCUCACAUAAAAGGAUUGUUGAAGGGAUCUGAGUUCCUUCGUGUCAUUGACUUGCAAGGCAUUGAGAUUGGUGAGGAGUUGCCACAUGCAAUAGGAAGUGUCGUGCACUUACAGUACCUUGGAAUUACAUCAUGUUCAUUAACGGUGAUCCCUCCAUCUAUUGGAAGCCUCAGUGGUCUGCAAACAUUAGAUGUCAGGGAAACUAAUGUUCGGAAGCUCCCACUGGAUUUCUGGAUGAUCAAGACACUAAGGCAUGUUUUUGGUUUUACCCUCAAAUUGCCAAAACAAAUUGGCAGUAAGAAGCAUAUGCAGACACUUGACUCAAUAGAGCUUGAUGAUCAUGAGCAAGAUUUGACAGGGACAGUUGGAAAUAUGGUCCAUCUAGAGAAUCUUUUUGUUUGGAAUAUUGCAAUGGGCAAUAUGGCUGCUUUGUCUAUUGCUUUGAAAAUGCUGGAGAAUCUUAGGACUUUGGCUUUGCAUGGUCAGAUUAUUCCGUCAAGUGUGUUUAAUACAAUCUCUCUUCGCCGCCUCAAGUUCAUGAAGUUACAAGGGAAGUUGAAGCCAAAAUCAAUGAUAACUAGUAUGGAUGUGUGUCUUCCUAAUCUCAGCAUGCUUUUGUUGGAGAAAACAAAGGUGUCUCAGUUAUUCAUUACAAAGCUUGCUGAGCUCCCAUCUCUUGAAACCCUGGCAUUAUAUCCUGGGUCAUACAAGGAUGAGCAUCUUUUAUUCUCUCCAAGUGGAUUUGUUAAUCUCAAGAAGAUCAAGCUUGAUGUGCCAACAACACUAAAAACAAUUGAGAUACAACACGGUGCACUUCCCGUUCUCAAGGAACUUGACAUUCUCUCUCAACAUCAUCAAGCUAAAAUCAUUGCGGAAUCACGCAUUACAAACAUCAUCGUCUAAUGACUUUCUAAAGACAAUGAAGAGUGAUAGUUGAUGAUGAAGACAUCUGAUGAAAAGGUAAUUAUGUUAAUUACUACUACAAUGUGAGAUUAUUAUAUUUAAAUUGCCCACAAACAAUUUAAUAUUAUUUCUG